CCCCAUUCUCCCGCUUUCCAUCACCCUGCCUUAUUCUCCCGCUUUCCAUCACCCCGCGCCAUUCUCCUGCUUUCCAUCACCCCGCCCCAUUCUCCCGCUUUCCAUCACCCCACCCCCUUCUCUCUCUUUCCAUCACCCCGCCCCAUUCUCCCGCUUUCCAUCACCCCACCCCAUUCUCCCUCUUUCCAUCACCCCACCCCAUUCUCCCGCCUUCCAUCACCCGCCCCAUAUCCUGUUUCCAUCACCCCGCCCCAUUCUCCCGCUUUCCAUCAUCCCGUCCCAUUCUCCCUCUUUCCAUCAUACCGCCCCAUUCUCCCGCUUUCCAUCACCCCGCCCCAUUCUCCGUCUUUCCAUAACCCCGCCCCAUUCUCCCGUUUUCCAUCACCCCGCCCCAUUCUCCCGCUUUCCAGCACCCUGCCCCAUUCUCCCGCUUUCCAUCACCCCGCCCCAUUCUCCCGCAUUCCAGCACCCCGCCCCCUUCUCCCGCUUUCCAUCACCCUGCCUGAUUCUCCCGCUUUUCGUCACACCGCCCCAUUCUCCCGCUUUCCAUCACCCCACCCCAUUCUCUCGCUUUCCAUCACCCCACCCUAUUCUCCCUCUUUCCAUCACCCCGCCCCAUUCUCUCGCUUUCCAUCACCCCGCCCCAUUCUCCCGCUUUCCAUCACCCCGCCCCAUUCUCCCGCUUUCCAUCAUCCCCACCCCGCCCCAUUCUCCCGCUUUCCAUCACCCCGCCCAAUUCUCCCGCUUUCCAGCACCCCGCCCCAUUCUCCCGCUUUCCAUCACCUCGCCGCAUUCUCCCGCUUUCCAUCACCUUGCCCCAUUCUCCCGCUUUCCAUCACCCCGCCCCAUUCUCCCGCUUUCCAUCACCCCGCCCGAUUCUCCCGCUUUCCAUCACCUCGCCCCAUUCUCCCGCUUUCCAUCACUCCGCCCCAUUCUCCCGCUUUCCAUCACCCCGCCCCAUUCUCCCUCUUUCCAGCACCCCGCCUUUAUCUCCCGCUUUCCAUCACCCCGCCCGAUUCUCCCGCUUUCCAUCACCUCGCCCCAUUCUCCCGCUUUCCAUCACCCCGCCCGAUUCACCCGCUUUCCAUCACCCCGCCCCAUUCUCCCUCUUUCCAUCACCCCGCCCGAUUCUCACUCUUUCCAUAACCUCGCCCCAUUCUCCCGCUUUCCAAAACCCCGCCCCACUCUCCCUCUUUCCCACCCAGCCCCAUUCUCCCGCUUUCCAUCACCCUGCCCCAUUCUCCCGCUUUCCAUCAUCCCGCCCCGUUCUCCUGCUUUCCAUCACCCCGCCCCAUUCUCCUGCUUUCCAUCACCCCACCCCAUUCUCUCUCUUUCCAUCACCCCGCCCCAUUCUCCCGCUUUCCAUCACCCCACCCCAUUCUCCCUCUUUCCAUCACCCCACCCCAUUCUCCCGCCUCCCAUCACCCGCCCCAUAUCCUCUUUCCAUCACCCCGCCCCAUUCUCCCGCUUUCCAUCAUCCCGUCCCAUUCUCCCUCUUUCCAUAACCCCGCCCCAUUCUCCCGCUUUCCAUCACCCCGCCCCAUUCUCCCGCUUUCCAUCACCCCGCCCCAUUCUCCCGCUUUCCAUCACCCCGCCCCAUUCUCCCGCUUUCCAUCAACCUGCCCGAUUCUCCCUCUUUUCAUCACCCCGCCCCAUUCUCCCGCUUUCCAUCACCCCGCCCCAUUCUCCCUCUUUCCAUCACCCCGCCCCAUUCUCCUGCUUUCCAUCACCGCCCCAUUCUCCCACUUUCCAUCACCUCGCCGCAUUCUCCCGCUUUCCAUCACCCCGCCCCAUUCUCCCUCUUUCCAUCACCACGCCCCAUUCUCCCUCUUUCCAUCACUCCGCCCCAUUCUCCCUCUUUCCAUCACCCCGCCCCAUUUUCCCUCUUUCCAUCACCCCGCCCCAUUCUCCGGCUUUCUAUCAACCCGCCCCAUUCUCCCUCUUUCCAUCACCCCACCCCAUUCUCCCGCCUUCCAUCACCCGCCCCAUACUCCCUCUUUCCAUCACCCCGCCCCAUUCUCUCGCUUUCCAUCAUCCCGCCCCAUUCUCCCUCUUUCCAUCACCCCACCCCAUUCUCCCUCUUUCCAUCACACUGCCCCAAUCUCCCGCUUUCCAUCACCCCACCCCAUUCUCCCGCUUUCCAUCAUCCCGCCCCAUUCUCCUGCUUUCCAGCACCCCGCCCCAUUCUCCCGCUUUCCAUAAACCCGCCCCAUUCUCCCGCUUUCCAGCACCCCGCCCCAUUCUCCCGCUUUCCAUCACCCCGCCCCAUUCUCCCGCUUUCCAGCACCUAGCCCCAUUCUCCCGCUUUCCAUCACCCUUCCCGAUUCUCCCGCUUUCCAUCACCCCGCCCCAUUCUCCCGCUUUCCAUAACCUGCCCCAUUCUCCCGCUUUCCAUCAACCCGCCCCAUUCUCUCUUUCCAUCACCCCGCCCCAUUCUCCCGCCUUCCAUCAUCCGCCCCAUACUCCCUCUUUCCAUCACCCCGCCCCAUUCUCCCGCUUUCCAUCAUCCCGCCCCAUUCUCCCUCUUUCCAUCACCCCGCCCCAUUCUCCCUCUUUCCAUCACACCGCCCCAUUCUCCCUCUUUCCAUCACCCCGCCCCAUUCUCCCGCUUUCCAUCACCCCGCCCCAUUCUCCUGCUUUCCAGCACCCCGCCCCAUUCUCCCGCUUUCCAUAA